AUGUACCUUAGAAGAAUUAUUCAGUCAGUUCCUUGCAAACCUACCCUGCUCCCGGUAAAGUUACUCCCCACGACAGAUCUGGUUGAGGAAGAGCACACGCCCCAUUAUAAGCCUCAGCACUUUUAUCCUCAAAUCGCCGCUAAAAUAGGCUGGGGAACAAGUUCGACAGUAUGGCUAGCACGCGAUCUCCACCAGUGGCGAUGGCUUCCGCCCCGAUAUGUGGCCAUCAAAGUUAACGCAAGCAAUUAUGCAUCUCAAGAGUCUGCGGAGAAGGAGCUGCGCAUUACUGAGCAUAUAACCAAGGCAAACCCCCAGCAUCCAGGUCGCAACUUUGUCACCAUCUUGCUAGACUCGUUUCGUGUUGCUAGCCCGGGUGGCACCCAUAUUUGCAUGGUCUUUGAUGCGCUUUGUGAACCUCUAUGGAUGCUGAAGCGUCAUUUCGAAGGAAACACCAUCCCUCUCGACGUCUUGAAACCGGUGUCUAAACUUAUACUAGAAGGACUUCGGUAUCUUCACACCGAAUGCCACGUUAUUCAUACAGAUCUCAAGCCCGAUAACAUCUUACUGGCUCUACGCAACCCGUCUAUCCUGGACUCGGUCGCACUAGAUGAGAUGAACAAUCCCUCUCCGCGGAAACAACUGGACGAUCGGGACAUAUACUUAUCCCGAAAUCACUGGGGACUGUCUCCCGACGAACUGGGUAGACCGCCACCCCAUCCAGCCAGAGGGAUAUCGGGCCCCGGAAGUUUGUCUCGGGGGGGGGAUUGGAGCUACAGUGUUGAUAUUUGGAAUUUGGGAGUUAUGCUUUGGGACCUGUUCUAUGGCCGCGGACCGUUCGACACACCACCGGACUCGCGCAGCUCAGGCUCUGCAGACGAAACCCAUCUAGGCCAGAUUAUUUCUCUCCUGGGGCCCCCUCCACCAGAUCUUCUCGACCGAGGAAGAGAAGCAUAUCGAUAUUUUGACGCUAAAGGACAAUUCAAAUUCCCCGAGCUUAUUGGAAAAAAGGACCUGGUCCCCAUGGCUAAAGUAAUUGAUGAUGACGACGGAAUGCCCCAGUUUGUAGACUUUAUUUCUAGAAUGCUGCGCUGGAGGCCCGAGGACCGGACCACGGCAGAGGACCUGCUUUCCCAUCCGUGGCUUCCGUAA